GAGAAUAGUGUAAAAGUCAAAACGGAAGAAUUAUAUACAUUAGUGUAUUUAACUGUAUCAAUUAUUCAAUAACGGAGAAAGUACAAAUAAUCAUAAAUUUUUUUUUACCAUACUCCACAACAGUUACUUUUUUUUUUUAACCGUUGCACAAUAUUUUUGUCAUUUACUCCACACCCUCAUUCUCCAACCGUUUCUCUUCACUCCACCUCAACAACCCCCUCACUAGUCACUACACAGCUACACUCACUCGGUCACUCCUUAUUCUCACUCUCUGACACUCCCACACUUGUUCACUUCUUCUCACUCAGCUUCUCACCACCAUUAAUGGCGAACAACCCUCCCUUCCAUCAUCUCUUCCACUCCACCCUCCUUCUCCUCCUCUUCACCACCCUCCACAACCACACCACCGCCUUCAACCACCCCGACACACAACCCUUACUCUCCUUCAAAUCCUCCGCCGACCUCUCCAACUCCCUCUCCUGGAACACCACGGCCACCCCGUGCUCAUGGCACGGCGUCUCUUGCCUCCAAAACCGCGUCUCUAAGCUCGUCCUCGAAGACCUCAACCUCAAUGGCACCUUCCCAACCUCCUUACUCUCACUCUCACAUCUUCGUGUCCUUUCCCUCAAGCACAACCACUUCUCCGGCUCACUCCCACCGGAUUUCUCCCCUCUCUCCAACCUCAAACUCUUAUUUCUGUCCUACAACUACUUUUCCGGCGACUUCCCUGUUUCCGUCACCUCGAUCUUCCGCCUCUACCGCCUUGAUCUUUCCCAUAACACCUUCUCCGGUGUAAUCCCGCAAAAUGUCAAUCGUUUGACUCAUCUUUUGACCCUUCGGUUAGAGGAGAAUGCGUUUUCCGGCGGAAUUAUCGGGUUGAAUCUCCCCUACAUUCAGGAUUUCAACGUUUCUGGAAACAAAUUAGGUGGUCAAAUACCCAAAUCUCUCUCUACUUUCCCAGAUUCUGCGUUUUCCGGCAACAAAGCUCUUUGCGGACUGCCAUUGUUAAGAUGCAAGGAGGUUUCCAACGACCCAACAAAACCCGGAAACGACGCCGUUCCACCACCGGUGGGACCCACCACCGCCGUCGUCUCAUCCUCUCCGGUAUCCUCCAUGCCGUCGAGAGAUUACCCGGUGAAAAAUCCGGGUCAUAAUCACGGGAGAUUGAGUUUAUGGGCUAUUAUUGCGAUAAUUGUCGGAGAUAUUUUGGUAUUAGCAGCAAUAAGUUUACUCCUGUACUGUUACUUCUGGAGGAGUAAUAAGAACAAGAAUUCAGGGGUAGUUUCGGGAGGGGAGAAAAUUGUGUACUCGGCGAGUCCAUACCCGAGUGGACUUGCCGGGUUGGACCGACCGGGUCGAAUGGUGUUCUUCGAAGGAGGAAAGAGUUUUGAGUUGGAAGACUUGUUACGAGCAUCGGCGGAGAUGUUGGGGAAAGGGGUGUUUGGGACGGCGUAUAAGGCGGUGUUGGACGACGGCAGUGUGGUGGCGGUAAAGAGGUUGAAAGAGGCUCAAGUUGGUGGGAAGAAGGAGUUUGAGCAACAAAUGGAGGUUUUAGGGAGGUUGAGGCAUCCAAAUUUGGUUAGUUUGAAGGCUUAUUAUUUUGCUAGGGAUGAGAAGUUGUUGGUGUUUGAUUACUUGCCUAAUGGCAGCUUGUUCUGGCUUCUUCAUGGAAACAGAGGACCUGGACGAACUCCAUUAGACUGGACAACAAGAUUAAAGAUAGCUGCAGGAGCAGCGAGAGGAGUUGCAUUCAUACAUAACUCUUGCAAAGCCCUCAAGCUCAUUCAUGGUGAUAUCAAAUCGACUAAUAUCUUGAUUGAUAAAACUGGCGAUGCUUGUGUGUCUGACUUUGGUCUCUCAAGCUUUGCCCCAAAUUCAACCACCAAUGCAAGAUCAAAUGGCUACCGUGCUCCUGAAUCACUUGAUGGUCGCAGGCUCAACCAAAAAGCUGACGUCUACUCUUUUGGAGUUUUGCUGCUUGAGCUUCUAACAGGAAAGUAUCCAUCAAUAGUUGAGGGAAGUGGACCUUAUGGCACAGUAGGAGUUGGUGGGGUAGUAGAUCUCCCGAGAUGGGUGCAGUCAGUAGUAAGGGAAGAAUGGACUGCUGAGGUUUUUGAUCUGGAGUUGAUGAGGUAUAAGGACAUUGAGGAGGAAAUGGUGGGCUUAUUGCAGAUUGCCAUGGCCUGUACUGCCGCAUCCCCCGACCACCGGCCUAGAAUGGGGCAAGUGGUCAAAAUGAUCGAGGAGAUACGUGGUGUUGAAGUAUCACCAUCACACGAUAACUUUGACUCUGACUCGCCUUCUAUCUCUGAGGAUACAGGGUGUGUUAGCCAGUGAUGAUGCGAAGCAAUUUGCACGUUGUGAAUCUACUAAGCCACUAUAACUCUUGACUCUUGAGUGAUGUAAAUUAGGUUUAACCAUUUAUAUCUUAUAUGCCUGUUUCACCUCCAUUUUAUUCUAGGCUUUCUAGCUUACUAUAGAAGUAAUAUUAUUGGUAUUGUAGAUGUUUUGCUUGGAGCAAAAAAAGUGGACAUUUUCUCCUAGAAUCUAGUAUUAACAUAUUGUCACCGGCAUC